AUGAAAUAUACAACAAUCGCUACAUCUGCUGCAUUUUUAACUACCGUAUUGGCCGCUACAGUACCAUCUGCGCCAUGGACUACUUUGACACCAACUGCAUCAAUUCCUUCAGAUGCCACAACUGAUUACGCAUCAAGUUUUGGUAUUCAAAUUGAAACUGUUGAAGAUGCUUCAGCUUUGUCAACUGAUACAGCCGCUGAUCUUAGUAGUAAAUUGGAGACUGCUUCUGCUACACUCAAGAGAAGAGCGGUUGUUAGUGCCUUGUCUGAUGGUCAACCAAAUGUUAGAUCUGGUUCAUAUUCAAUCUUGCCAACUUCAUCUUCAUCAGUUGCUCCAGUUGCUCAAAUCACUGAUGGUCAAAUUCAACAUCAAACUACUGCUGCUGCUGCUUCGGUUGUAAAUCAAAUCACUGAUGGUCAAAUUCAACACCAAACUACCGCCUCUGUUGUCAACCAAAUCACUGAUGGUCAAAUUCAACACCAAACCUCAGCUGCAUCCGUCGUCAAUCAAAUUGGAGAUGGUCAAAUUCAACACCAAACCUCAGCUGCAUCCGUCGUCAAUCAAAUUGGAGAUGGUCAAAUUCAACACCAAACCUCAGCUGCAUCCGUUGUCAAUCAAAUCACUGAUGGUCAAAUUCAACACCAAACCUCAGCUGAACCAACUGCAACUGCUGCUGCUCAAAUUUCAGAUGGUCAAGUUCAACACAAAAACUCCACUGUUGCUGCUGAAUCAAGAGCUGCUGCCACAACUCUUUCUGAUGGCCAACCACAAGAAUCAGGUGCGUCAAGCGAUGACGAUGACUCCAACUCGUCUAUCCCACAAGCUUGCUCAUCAUCAAACAACUUAGUUAUGAAAUUGGAAGAUAGUGUUUUGACUGACUCACAUGGUAGAAUUGGUGCUAUUGUAGCCAACAGACAAUUCCAAUUCGAUGGUCCACCACCACAGGCUGGCUCUAUCUUUGCUGCUGGUUGGUCCAUUUCAAGUGACGGUUACUUGACUCUUGGUGACUCAAAGGUCUUCUACCAAUGUUUAAGUGGUGAUUUCUACAACUUGUAUGACGAAAAUGUUGCCGCUCAAUGUAAUGCCGUCAAAUUGAAGAUUAUUGACUUUGUUGAUUGUUAA